AUGGAUCGGACGGAAUACGUCAUUCCUUGGGUGCAGAUGCGGGCGAAAGAGGAGUACAUUCGAAGAGCAUCGAGGCAAUAUCCCGUGUUGGAACCAUUCGCUCCGCGACAUUCGAUCUCGUAUUUUAACAAUAACAAAGAAGAGAGCAGAAAAUCGGCGUACGAGCGCCUUCACAGAGUGGAUGGUUACGACGCGGCCAAGCCGCGAUGCGAUCGCACCAAGCCUAGUCUCUAUUGGUUAGAAAUCUCGAAGGAGAACAGAGGUCACAAGGUUCCAAUGACUGCUAAUCUCUGGUACGGUCGACCGAAUAGAGUUCAAGUCGAUUUUCCAGGGAAGAAAUUCAAUCGAACGAGCAAAAUGCAAGAGUUCUUCGACCACUGCGGUUUCAGCCUAGCCAGCGAUGAUGAGAAACCGGAGAUCUGUUAG